UUCUCUCAUACAUUUUCCUCUGAGAUUUUCUCCAGUUAAUCAAGAAAGAAGAAAAAUGCUGGCCGUUUUAAACAAAUCGGUGGCGAAAAGCCCAGUUGAACUGCAGCAGAGCCCCCAAAACGGCGCCGUUUCCGCGCUCAAAGACGGAUUCUUGGCGACCCAUUUCUCGUCAUCACACUCGGCCUCCUUCGUAAUCAAUCUCGCUUCUUCCGGUUUCUUUGCCUACUCUUCUUCCCGGCAGAACCCUCUUCUUCCCAGACUGUUUGCAGUUGUGGAUGAUAUGUUCUGCUUGUUCGAAGGCCAUAUCGAAAACAUCGCAGUUCUUAAGCAGCAGUACGGCUUGAACAAGACAGCUAACGAAGUAAGCAUUGUGAUCGAGGCUUAUAGGACUCUGAGGGAUAGGGGUCCUUAUCCCGCUGAGCAAGUUGUGAGGGGCAUCGCAGGGAGGUUCGCAUUUGUUCUGUUCGAUGCUACUUCACAAUCCACGUUUAUUGCUUCCGAUGUAGACGGGAGCGUACCCUUCUUUUGGGGAACUGAUGCUGAGGGUCACCUUGUUGUUUCUACCGACGCUGAAAUCGUGAAGCAAGGCUGUGGCAAGUCUUCCUCUCCAUUUCCCAAAGGAUGCUUUUUCACAUCAUCUGGAGGUUUGAGGAGCUAUGAGCAUCCAAAUGAGUUGAAGGCAGUUCCAAGAGUGGACAGUUCGGGGGAGGUUUGCGGGAUGACAUUCAAGGUAGACGAAGGCUCGCGCAAAGGGAAGCCCGCGAUGCCUAGGGUUGGAAGCGACGCAAAUUGGUCCCUGCACUAUUGAGCUAACUCGGAAAGUUGAAUCUCUUGGCUUCUGUUAUUACCCUCGUUUGAUCUUGCUUACCCUUUAACCUUAUUAUCAAUCUUAAAAGGAAUGUUUUUCUCUGUUUUGUUUUGGAGUUGAGAUGCUACGAAAUAAGAAGCCAUUUUUUAUGGUA